UCCCCGCCCCGGGGCGGCGCCCGAGUCGGCGGCCUCGCGGCUGGGGCUGCCCGGCCUCCCCGCGCCCCGAGCGCCGCCGCCGUCGCCAUGUCUUCCGGGGCCAGCGUGAGCGCCCUGCAGCGCCUGGUGGAGCAGCUCAAGCUGGAGGCGGCCGUGGAGAGGAUCAAGGUCUCGCAGGCCGCGGCCGAGCUUCAGCAGUACUGCAUGCAGAAUGCCUGCAAGGAUGCCCUGCUGGUCGGUGUUCCGACUGGCAGUAAUCCCUUCCGGGAACCCAGAUCCUGUGCUUUACUCUGAGGACAGAAGGGAAGUUCGCUGAGGAAUGCUUUCCAGUGCAGAUUAACGAAUGACUGCCUCCAAGUCUCAGAAAACACUUUUCUCUAAUUAAUGACCUUUAGAUGUUUCAGACCUUUUCUGUGACCUAGAUCCUAUAGCCAAUAUUCUAUAGAAAUUUGAUUUUCUGGUCAAUAAGAAAACCAAGUAAAAUAGUAGAUUUAAAUAAUAACCACCAAAUUUUGCUUUCUUUUGGGCAAGUACUCUGUACUUAAGACAAAUACAUCACCAAAUACAUUCCAAAAUGUACCUUCUUCAUAAGUAAGUUACUGUGAUUAUAUGCCUAGAAUAUUACAUGUUUUAUUUACUGUAUGUUUACACUUUUGAGAAACACUUGUUUAUUAAAAACUGUUUAUUUAUAAUUUGUUGUUCCGUGAAUAAGAUUUUUGUAUCAUGACAAAAUUUGUUCUUUUCUAAGUGAAUUUACAACUUAUAAAUGACAUAAAAUUGGGAGAAAUAGAUUUCAAUAGUCAAAUAAUGUUUUGAACUUUCUUAAUGAGAAAACUGUUAAUUUUAACACUAUAUGAAACUGUUUCUUAGUAAACAUUCUUAGAAAGGCUGAUGGUGUGUAUAACAUCACCCAUCCUGUAUAUGAAGCAUAUUUGAUAUUUGCCUUUUUUAAGUUCCUCUACUUUGUAGUUGUGGUUAUCCUUCAGAAAAUGAAAAACUAGUAUUUUGUAUCUUUUAAAAAAUGUUUAAAAUGUGACCUAGAGGACAUUGCCAGCAAUUUAAAACAAAGUAAAAUGAAGAUACCACAACAAAAAUACAUUCUUGAUAUCACAAGUGUUUGAUAAGGUGCCUUUAAUUUGGGAUACUUUUAAAAGAUACUCUGUUAUUGUAAUACUCUUUGAAGAACUUAGAAAUAAAAUUUAUGCUUGAUCCAUUA